UCAUCAUCAUCAAUGGCGACAGCGGCGGCAACAUCAGUGAAAUUAGCCGGGGAAUUACCCGGUGCGGUUAAUGAAAAAUGUUAUGCAGAAAUACCUCUUCAUUCACCUGGUAUAUGGGGUUUACCCAAUCCGAGUUUAUUCCUCGAUUUCAAUUUGCCGCUGUUGCUUCUCCAAUUAGCUGUCAUUUUUAUCCUCACACAAUCCCUUCAUUUGGUUCUCAAGCGCAUCCGUCUUCCCCGUCUUAUCUCUGAGAUUUUGGCAGGUAUCAUACUAGGACCAACAAUGCUAGGAAAGAUCCCGAACUUUACGGAGAAUUUAUUCCCACAAUCAGGAGAAAUUUUCAUAGAUUUAAUGUCAAAAAUUGGGUAUAUCUUCUUUAUAUUUCUAAGUGGAGUGAAGAUGGACCCAAAAGUGGUGUUGAGAAGUGGUUCAAGGGCGUGGACAAUAGGAUUACUUGCUGUCAUUCUACCAGUUGCCUCUUUUGCGAGCUUGUAUUUUGGAUUCUUUUCACAAGAUGCAAAUAUGCACAGAUAUCGACAACCGGCAGCCCAAAGUAUUUUCUUGAUACAAGGUUUGAUUGCAUUUCCUGUGGUUGCAUCUCUCCUUGUUGACCUGAAAAUCAUGAAUUCUGAGCUUGGUCGUCUUGCUCUGGCAUCAAGUUUGAUCAGUGACUUAUUUAGUAAUCUGGGGUUGACUAUCUUCUCCACCCUUAGAAUUGGAUUAUUGGCAGAGAUUACGACGGUUAUCUCUGUACAGUCUUUUGUUCUACUUCUUGGUAUAAUCUUGCUUAUUGUGUUUACUGUGCGACCUAUUUCACUUUGGGUCAUCAAAAGGACUCCAGAAGGCAGGCCUGUAAAUUCUGUUUACAUUACUUGGGCAUCGGUCUGUGUCCUGUUAGCUGUGAUUCUUGUUGAUAAUGCAGGGCUUAAUUACCAAUAUGGUCCUUUUAUCCUAGGUCUUGUCAUACCAGACGGUCCACCUCUCGGGUCAACAUUGGUAGAUAAAUUAGAAACCUUAGUAUCUGGUAUGCUUGCACCUCUUCUGAUUACUUAUUGUGGUAUGAAAGUAAAUCUGGUUGAUUUGUAUGAUCUCGUCUUCCUGAAUUGGGUAUGGGUUAUGGUGUUCUUUUGUCUCACCGUGAAGUACGCAUCAGUUUUCCUUCCAGCAUUGGCCUGCAAGGUUCCCCCAAAAGAUGCUGCGGCUCUUGCCUUCAUCAUGACCUCACAAGGUGUUAUUCAGAUGUCUUUUUACUUGAACAAUGUUAUUAAUCAGACAGUUGAUGGAGAAACCUUUUCCAUGCUAACUGCAUCUGUAUUACUCAUAGCUGCACUCUCACAUUUCUGCGUUGGAACGCUCUAUGAUCAUACAAGGAUAUAUGCCGGUUAUCAGAAAAGAGACAUCCAACAUGCUUCAAGCAAUUCUGAGUUGCGCUUGCUUUCAUGUGCUCAUCGAUUUGAUGAUGUCGUAGGUGCUCGAAAGAUCUUAGAUGCUUCUUUUCCAUGUAAAGAAAGUCCUUUAUCUGUGUAUGCGCUACACUUGGUGGAACUUGCUGGUCGAGCAUCCCCAGUUCUAAUUGAUCAUCAGCUUGGCCAAAAGAAUACUUCUGGCGUUGCUCGAUCGCAAAAGAUGGUGGAAGUUUUUAUAGCAUUUGAAACUCAGUUCUUGGGAUCUGCUAGUACUCAUUUCUUCACCUCAAUGUCACUGCCAAGGUUCAUGCAUCAGGACAUUUGUUCACUUGCAUUCGACAAGUUAGCGUCCAUGAUCAUACUCCCGUUUCACAGGAAAUGGAAUCAGCAGGGGAAGAUUAUCUUGGACAGCAGUAACUUGAGAACAAUCAACAAUAAUGUAUUGGACUUGGCCCCUUGUUCUGUAGGUAUCCUAAUUGACCGUCAGAAAAUAAAACGUCUAGCCAGUCAAUCCGGUAAUGAGUCAUCAAUGUAUCAAGUAUCCGUGGUUUUCAUGGGAGGCAAUGAUGAUCGUGAGGCGUUAGCUUAUGCUAAACGUAUGUCAAGAUCACCUGAACUUCAACUGACUGUGGUUAGAUUCGUGUCAUGGGACAUCGACGUACGUGAAAACCAGUGGGAUGCUGUACUUGAUGCUGAGAUGUUGAAGGAGGUAAGACUUCUUGGUCAGCACCAGGAUAACAUUGUAUACAGAGAGGAAAGAGUUAGAGAUGGAGCUGAAACAGCUUUGAUCAUACAUGCUAUGGAAGAAGCCUUUGAUCUUAUCAUGGUCGGAAGGCGUCAUCGCGACGAUCUACAACAACUAUUAGGGCUUAAUGAAUGGAAUGAUUUGCCAGAACUUGGACCAGUUGGUGACAUGCUUGCAGCUGCAGAGAUCAAUAGACCAGUUUCAGUCUUGGUGGUGCAGCAACAAAUUGUUAAGAACAAAUGAGAAGAGUAAU